GCGCGCGACCCUCACCAUUCGAAUUCAAAUUCUGCGCCACCAGUUUGCUUCGCAGACCUUGCAUUCUAGAGUCCUUGCGUGCGCAUUUUCGACGUUGCAUGCGCCAAUACUCUACCGUUGCGGCACCACAAGUGGCUUUGCUUGACUACCGUGUGGCGUGCUAUGGACGGCGGCAAAGGGAUGAGGCGGCGAUGAGAAGACUGUCACCCCGUGAGAAGACAAUGGUCAGCAGUGCCGUCCUCGCAGUCUGUCAGCACAUGGAAACGGAGCUGUCUUCCUCGCCAUUUCAGCCAUGCUCUCCUCAAGCAAAGGACAAGGAACGGAGCAGUCAACUUUCUAUCAGGACAAAGCAUGGAAGGCAGAGGACUGCAAUAUACAAGAUCUCAGGAAAGUACGACAGCAGAGGGGCGGCAGUGCCGAGGGGCGUCGUGUACAAGCUGCGUUCGAAUUCGAACCUAAGACCGCCAACGGCCAUCUCAACCACCUCCACACCGACCUCCGCAAUGGUCGCCUCCAAACGCCAGCCGAAACGGUGAACCGGAGGGACUGCCAGGGCACAGGUGGGGAACCGCACGGCCGUUGGAGGUUGCCGUGGGACUGCUGUCCUGCGGUCUACUUGACAACACCGCCGUUGGACCAGGAAUGCCAAAGACACACCUGACGUUAAAAAAAUAGAAAAUAAAAUUGGUUUUUUUGC